AUGAUGAUGGGUGCAUCCAAUUUGAUGAUGGGGUUAACCCUGGUGCUUGUGGUCUGUCUUGCUGUGGUUCUUGGUUUGGUGCUGGUUCUGUUAGCUGAGCUCUACUGCUCCAUCCUCCUCCGCCGCCGUCAACUUCAACAAACCACCACCGCCGCACCUCUAACCAUAGUAGACAACAACAACAACUCAUCUUCUCCUCCUCCUCCUAGUUCUGCUCUUCCAUCGUUAAGCGAUAUCUACUCACAAGGGGUCCUUGCAGCUCCAAGAAGCAUCCUUUACCCUUCACUCGCCGGCGACGACAUAGAGAAGCAGCAACAGCUCCCUCAACCGCUGGAAAAUCAAGAAAAUAACCAAGAUGGGUAUAUUCGGAAAGGUUGUUCGGGGAACUCCGGCCGAAUAGAGAAGGAUUUGGUUUACAUUUCGAAUCCUAUGUUUGAUGAUGAGAAUGGACGGCGGAGCAAGGCGGGGAAUACUCCAUUUGAGACGCCGGACACGUCGCCUUCGCGGCUGGAGUCGGAGGGGUCGUCUGGUGAUGAUGAACGGGAUGAGAUAACGUCUUUGAAGGUGGUGGUGACGCCGCCGAUAACGCCGAUGAAGAAGCUUCCCGCUGAGGUGAAGUCGGUGGCGUCGGUGAAAGAUGAUGAUACUGGUCGUGGUGGCGAUUUGAAUAGCAACAAUGGAGCUUCGUCGUCGUCUUCUUCGGGAACUCCUUGCACUUCUCUGUCGUGGUGA